AAGGCAUAGCUCUCGUCGGAGAUCUUGAGGUCGCGGCUCGAUCGCUAGCUAGCUACCAGCUGUACAGUCUGUAGGAUGAGCUCGCUCACGGCGGCGCAGUUCCGGUCGCUGUUCGAGAUGGUGGGUGGCGGGGAGGACAUGUCGUCGUUUCUGUUUGGUAAUCUGGUGGGGGACGAGACACCGGCGGCGGGGGAGGUGGAGGUUCCGGUGGUGGGGACCGUGGGGUUCGGGAAGAGGGCGUGGGAGGAGGGGGAGGGGGUGGGGGCGGAGGCGGGAGCGGCGAAGAGGCAGCGGUCGCCGACGAGCUCGAGAGAGAAUAGCAGCGGGAGCAAUGAGGGGGGAGGGCAGGAGGAGGGGUCGGAGGCGGCGGGGAGGGUUGGAGGCGGUGGUGGUGGGCGCCGGCUGUGGGUGAAGGAGAGGGACCAUGAGUGGUGGGACAUGGUGAGCAGCCCGGAGUACCCGGACGAGGAGUUCAGGAAGGGGUUCCGCAUGUCGAAGGCCACGUUCGAGAUGGUGUGCGAGCAGCUGGCCGCCGCCGUCGCCAAGGAGGACACCAUGCUCCGCGCCGCCAUCCCGGUGCGCCAGCGGGUCGCCGUCUGCGUGUGGCGCCUCGCCACGGGGGAGCCGCUGCGGCUGGUGUCCAAGCGCUUCGGCCUCGGGAUCUCCACCUGCCACAAGCUCGUCCUCGAGGUGUGCGCCGCGAUGAAGGCCAUGGUCAUGCCCAAGGUGGUGCGGUGGCCGGAGGGCGCCGACGCGGCGGCCAUCGCCGCGGAGUUCGAGAGGAUCUCUGGCAUCUCCGGCGUCGUCGGCGCCAUCUACACCACCCACAUCCCCAUCAUCGCGCCCAAGUCCAACGUCGCCUCCUACUACAACCGCCGCCACACGGAGCGCAACCAGAAGACCUCCUACUCCAUGACCGUCCAGUGCGUCGUCGACUCCGCCGGUGCCUUUACCGACGUCUGCAUCGGCUGGCCGGGCUCCAACUCCGACGAGGAGGUGCUCGAGAAGUCGGCGCUCUACCUGCACCGCGGCGUGCCCGGCCUCAUCCAGGGCCAGAACCAGUGGGUGGUCGGCGGCGGCAGUUUCCCCCUCAUGGACUGGAUGCUCGUGCCCUACACCCACCAGAACCUCACGUGGGCGCAGCACAUGUUCAACGAGAGGGCCGCCGGCGUGCGCGCCGUCGCCCGCGACGCCUUCCGCCGCCUCAAGGCGCGGUGGGGCUGCCUCCAGAAGCGCACCGAGGUGAAGCUGCUCGACCUCCCCACCGUCCUCGGCGCCUGCUGCGUCCUCCACAACAUCUGCGAGCGCAGCGGCGACGUCGUCGACCCCGACAACGCCUUCGAGCUCUUCGACGACGACAUGGUCGCCGAGAACGCCGUCCGCUCCCCCGCCGCCGCGCACGCCCGCGACGCCAUCGCCCACAACCUCCUCCACAGCGGCGCCGGCGCAUCGUCCUUCUUCUAAUCCAGCAAGCAUCCAUCGCCUUCCUCCCUUGGUCCGAUCAACAGCGAGACCAAACAAACAACCCAACCAAAAAAAAAAAAGAUUCAUAUUUUAGGUUAAUUAGGAGCUGCUCCAUUUUUUGUCGGAAAUGGAGCAGCGAACAGUUCCUAGUCUCAAACUCAAAGCAAACAUUAGUUUCUCGUUUUGGAUUUUCGAUUGAUUUGGUUCUUUUUAGAUCUGGAGAGAUUGUUUUGAUGGGGUUGUAAUUACCUUCAUAAUCUUGUAUCCCCCAGACUAUAUAUAUCAAUUAAUCAAACAAUGAAAAUUUUCAUUUUUU